CCGCGCGCACACCUCACGCUGCCUCCUCACACACACUUUGCGCUGCAGUUCAGUGGAUCGUUCAUGAUUUCUCCUCGUGCCAUCAUGACAGAGUCGGCUCUAUCAGUGCUCUCCGUGAUGAGUUUGCUCAGUCUGGGUCAUCUCUCCGAGUCCCACGAGUGGACGAGCCCGAACCAGGUCGAGCAACCGAACCAUCCGCGCCCGCACAUCAUCUUCAUCAUGACGGACGACCAGGGCUUCAACGACAUCGGCUACCACAACAGAGACAUACACACUCCCACACUGGACAAGCUGGCAGCGGAGGGAGUGAAGCUGGAGAACUACUACAUCCAGCCAAUCUGCACACCGUCCCGCAGUCAGUUCAUCACGGGCAGAUAUCAGAUCCACACGGGUCUCCAGCACUCGAUAAUCCGCUCCCGCCAGCCCAGCUGUUUGCCCUUUGACCUCCGCACAUUACCUCAGCGUUUGCAGGAUUCGGGAUACUCCACACACAUGGUUGGGAAAUGGCAUCUGGGUUUCUACAAGCGCGAUUGCCUCCCGACCCGUCGCGGAUUCCACACGUACUUCGGCUCUCUGACGGGAAGCGUGGACUAUUACACGUAUAAAUCGUGCGACGGGCCGGGAGUUUGCGGAUACGACCUUCACGAGGGCGAGAGAGUGGCGUGGGAUCAGGGAGGACGCUAUUCCACACACUUAUAUGCGCAACGAGUGCGAAAAAUCCUCGCUGCUCACGAUCCUUCAUCCCAACCUCUCUUUAUUUUCCUCUCCUUCCAAGCCGUUCACACUCCCUUACAAUCCCCGAGGGAAUACAUCUAUCCGUAUCGACGGAUGGGAAACGUGUUUCGCCGGAAAUACGCCGGGAUGGUUUCCGCCGUUGACGAGGCGGUGCGAAACGUUACGUACGCGCUACGAAAAUACGGCUAUUAUAAGAACAGCGUGAUCAUUUUUUCCACGGAUAAUGGCGGACAGCCUUUGUUUGGAGGGAGCAAUUGGCCUUUACGGGGAAGAAAGGGAACGUAUUGGGAAGGAGGAGUCCGUGGGAUCGGAUUCGUACACAGUCCGUUGUUAAAACGCAGGAGGAGAGUUAGCAAAGCUCUGGUUCACAUCACCGACUGGUACCCGACGCUAAUGGGACUCGCAGGAGGGAACGUUUCCCAAAUGGAAGGGCUUGAUGGAUAUGACAUGUGGGAAGCCAUUAGCGAUGGGAAAGAGUCGCCACGAUUGGAGAUCCUUCAUAACAUCGAUCCGCUUUACAACGCUGCGCGACACGGAUCUUUAAAAAACGGUUUUGGGAUCUGGAAUACCGCCGUACAGGCGGCCGUUCGAGUCGGAGACUGGAAACUUUUGACGGGAAAUCCCGGAUACGGAGACUGGAUUCCUCCUCAGAUGCUCGGAAACUUCCCAGGAUCCUGGUGGAAUUUGGAACGACACACGGAGCGAAAGAAAUCCCUGUGGUUGUUUAACGUGGCGGAUGAUCCGUACGAGCGCUACGAUCUCGCAGAGAAUCGUCCAGAUGUUGUUAAGCAACUUUUGGCUCGGUUGACGUUUUACAACCGGACCGCCGUUCCCGUUCGGUACCCUUCGGAAGAUCCCAGAGCCGAUCCCAGCCGAAACGGAGGAGCUUGGGGUCCUUGGGAAGGAGACGGAGAGAACUGGGAGGCGUUUUAUCCUAGAAAGAGAAAAAUCAAGAAGCAAAAGCGGAAGUAUUGCAAAAUUAAGUCAUUUUUUAGGAGACUUAACAUUAGACUGAUGUCAAACAGGAUUUGAUCCGACUCGAGCCACCAGGAUGGUUGCUUCCCCUAGGAAUGUUUUCCUGGUUGCAUUCGCUCCGUCAGCAAGAACUCUAAAGUGACGUGAGCCGCGCUUGUUGUUGUGACUUUUAUUUUGUCUGCGCUAAGAAAGCCAGAGCCUGAGCCAGUCGUUCUCCGUGUUCAUCAGUUUACGAUCUGUUUAAUACGUUAUUAGAUAGAACUGUUGUGCAUAGAAAUAGACAGUAAUGAAAAGUUAUUAGCGUUUGCCAUGUGGUUGAUUAGCUUUUUUUAAAGCAAAAACUCACUUCAUUUUUAUUUAUUUCCCCAGAAAACAAGACUUAACAUCUUGCGUCAUUUUGCUAAUUUAGUAAAUGCAUUUUGAUUUAACUUAAAACAUUAGUUAGUUGUAAUUAAUUGAAUGUGUUCGAGCUUGUAUUGUAUGUGACUAUCUGUUUGUUUGCUGCUUGAAUCGACAGGGUUUUAAAACACAAUGUUUUGUAUUAUUAUUAUUAUUAUUAUUAUAUAUGAAAAUAGUUCCAAUAAAAAAUCUCUUUUAA